CGCGCGCGCCAUGGCGGCGCCGGGGCUCGGCCGGUGACAGCGGCAGCGCCGAGGCCGCCGCCUCCUGCCGCCCUCCCCCUCCUCCGGCAGCGCUCCGCCAACCCCCCGGGGGGGAGGGGGCAAUAAAACCCCCGCCGCGAAAAGCUGUCAUGCAGGACCCUACCCCUGAGGAGACGAGCAGCGGGACGUCGUGGUUGCAGGAGAUAUUCGAGGCGGCGCGGGGUUCCUCGGAGCUGAGCGCGUGCCCCGCGGAGGCGCCGGCCGUGACGGUAACGGCGGUGGAGCGGUACCUAGCGGAGGCGCCUCCGGGGGGCUCCUCGGCCGCCCCGCGGUACUGGUACGACGUGACGGUGUGGGACGGAGCCCGGCAGCAUCGCUGCCACCUGGCGCCGCGACUCGCCCGCCUGGUGCAGCGCGCGCACCUGCGCCCCGGCGCGCGCCUGCGCCUCACGCGCUGCUCUUACCGCUACGACGAAAGGCGCCUCCGCCGCGGCUUCCCCUGUCUCGAGGAUGUCCAGAGCGCGGGGGGCACCGCCGAGCCCUGCCCCGCCGAGCCGCCCCGGCGCGAGGCGCCGCUCCGAGGGGAGAGGAGGCACUACCUGCCGCUGUGGAACAACGAGGAUCCCUACGGGGGCGCGUGGGAGGCGGAGAAGCCGCGGGAAAGAGUGGACGUCGAUGUGUCCAAGCUCAUUUCUCUUGGUCAGCUGGAAAUGACCUGGAGGAGCAGAGUUCACUUCCGUCCACUUCUUGUGAGAGUCCUGCACAAAUCCAGACUAAGGUACUAUGGGAAACCAGAGAAAAAGAUGGAUAUGCCUUAUCAGGCUUACUUUGAAGUUGCUGAUGGUUCAGGCAUGAUGUCAAUGGUUUUGUGGAAUUCAUUAUGUCCUGAGUGGUAUAACAGCGUGAAGGUUGGCACGGUACUGCUUCUUGAACAGUAUGCUGUCAAAACCAGUUACCCAUUUAAAACACAGCCAACCCCAGGGGAUUCACAGCUGAAGAGAUUUGCUACAAUUGAAAUCAGCCUUAAUGUUCGAGACCCUCCUGCUAAAAUAAGUAUUAUUCCAGAAGAAUUGGUUAAGCCAGAGUGGGGAUUACCUGGAGUUAAAUAUCGGUUUAUCACAAGGUCUGAACUGGAUGACUUGCCAAACAACCAUUCCUGUGACGUUAUUGGUCUUGUGACGUUUGUAGGAAGAGCUGAACGAGCAAGAAAGAGAGAACAUGAUGAAGACUUCUGGCUCUAUCGUUGGGCACAUGCCAUUGAUGGGACCUCAGACCAACCAUUCAUUCUGGAAAUAUUUGCAACUUCUCAGCCAGAUGUGUUUGAGCGUAUUCACCCAAUGACAUAUUUGGUGUGCACACAGAUGAGAGUGGUACGGGACCUCACUGAGAAUCCUUCCAGCCCAAUUUACCUUACAACUUCAAACGAAAGCCAAAUAUUCAUUACAGGGUGGCACAAGGGCCAGCCGUACACCAGGGAUACCAAAGUGAAAAACUUCAUUCAGUGGACCACAACACAAAAUGAAAAUGAUCAAAUGAAGAAGACUGUCAUUGGUGGCUAUUACCCUUUUCCACGACCUCCAAAUAACUUUUUGAAAUAUUGUAGAGACAAUAAAGUUGAAUCAGUUUUGAAAGCCAUAGGUGAAACGGGCAAAGAGAUUGAAGACUUGCACUAUAGAGAACACAAGCGCAUUGCUGUUCAGGGGAUAAUUAGUGCCAUUAGAUACAUCAGCUGUAGCAAUGCAGCUGAAGAAGCCUCAGGCACCCCACUUGUUCAGAAAGACACUUCUCAGUCUCUUGAAAGUUCUGCUGUGUCCAAAGAUGAUUGUGUUCACAAGGGAAAAAACACCAAUCUUCAAAAUAAGGAAGUUAAUUCUCUUCUGGGGCCACAUUGCACUCCUGGGAAACAACAUCAGCACCAAGCUCACCGGUCCAAAAAGAGUUCAGUCAAGAGAAAGAUACCACGCAGAAUAAAUACAGAUGCAGCACAGAGAAGUGCAUCUGUUACUCCUGCACCAUGUUACCCCUAUUUUACACGAUUUGCAAGAAGAAAAUUUGGCUUGAAUGAAUUUCAGCGUGAAGAUUCUGUGCAAGAUAAAAAUGGACAGGCUGUGUCAGAGAGUUUACAGUGCUGCGCAGACCGAGAAGGAAUGAGCGAUACACCUGAAACUGAAGAGACUGGACAAAUUUGUGAUUCAUGGCAGAGUGACUUGUGGGCAAAAGUGAAAGACAAAUUAGUGAACUAUUUGCAUCACAGCACGAUUUUUCCAGAAAGCAUCCCACGUAAAUUUGAUUAUGAGCACAAAGACUUACUUAUGCAACAGUACAACCUUCACGCAGCAGUGCACAAGCCAAAAGAAACCAGAACUGAUAAAGAUAUCACUGAGUUUAAAAGUGCUAGUGGCCUUGGGUAUUAUGAAGUGACAGUUCUGGGUAUAAAUCACGAUGUAGCAAUCGAUGUUGCCUUUCUUCCGCUGUUUUGUCCUGAAGAUCCCCACUUAUUUCAACGUGAAGACAUUCAAAAUGAUACCUUGUUGUCUUGUAUGAGUUGCAUCUCUGCAUGUCAGCAGAAGGCCACUGGUACUGGAAGGCUUCGUGACACGCUUCCACUUUCGAAUGAAAUUGUAAAAGCAGCGAUGGAUCUAGAUGGCAAACAUGUUGUCUGCAUCCUGGACCUCUGUCACCUGGGUGAAGAUAAGGUGGAAGUCUUUCUGAGCAAAAUCUAUAAGACAGUGGAACCUGGUGUGCUGGAUCCGGUGUAAUUUAAUAACUUAUUUUUUGAAUUUAUAUUGUUCAAAAGGAGGGAAAUAAAGUUACUGUAACUUGAAUGUACCCUCUACACAUUGCACUUUUCCAGAACUAGCAGACACAAACAUAAAACCAUGAUUCUUAGGUCAACUGUGAUAGUCAUCCAUGUAACUGAAAGGGAUGAUUGUUGCCUAUAUUUUUUUGCAUUCUUGAAACAGAUUGCAUAAUGCAUAAUUGUCUUGGUCACUUAUGUUCGAGAAGGUUGAAUAGACAAUACAGUGAGCUUAUCUUUUCAUCAGACAUCAAGGGAUAUGAUUGUCAUCUCUCUUUCUCUGCCUAUGCACAUACGUACGCAGGAAAUGUACAUAUCAGGUUGAGAAUUGAGAAUAGAGGCAGGCUUUCCCAAUAUUAAAGGUGAUGUGUCCAAAAUAAUUAACUGGCUGUGAUAUAAAUUUAAACUGGAAAUUAGAACUUGUUUUAGGGUUAGAGCUGUUACAUUCAAUAGUGAUGUUUUAUUAGGAGUUACUAGGGGCAGCCUAACUGUUCUCUAGGCAUGCAGCUUACUGUGUUUGUGAAAGGAAUGAAAUACCAUAGUGCCUUUAGCACCAGAGGCUGGACUCAGUAAUACAAGAAAUCAGUUUCAGUUUUUCUUGACCUGAGCAAGGUCAACUGCUGUCUUUUUAUAUGUCUGCUUUUGUAUGCACAACAUUGGGUAUUGAGUGUAGCACCCAAAGGCAUUUAAUGUAUUUUAUUUAUUAUUAAAGAAAAAGAAAUAUUUUUAAAAAGAAACUUUGUUAGUGGAAUUUGCUUCUAGCUUUGUAAGAGAAAAACUGUCUUUAAGGAGUGUUUACCAUGGCAGGAUACACAGUUUGUCACACCAUUAGGGUUUUUUUUGUUGAUCACCUCUAUCCUCCUUUUAGUAACAGCUGUGUUCUGAGUGCAUGAAGAAGUUCAGUCGCUACAAAAAGCUACUACUUCCGCAAGAGCAGGAGACUGCUAAAAUUCUGUAAACUUUUUACCUGUAUACUAGGUAGCAGCUGGCUCUUGCUGAGUUCAGAACCAAGUCCCACUUCUUCCUUCCAUGUCAAACAGCCUUAAAUAAUUUAUAGAGUUAGAAAAUUAUUCUCGAGCAGGAGCUAGAGCACGUUGCUGUUUGACAGCCUCUCCCUGUGAAAUGCUGGUCUCACUUCACUUCUUUUAGAAGAAAUGAUUGCAUUAUGGAAGCUUGCCAGUUAAAUUGUAACAUUAAUGACCACAGCCCACAGACUUAAUUUAUAGGAACAGAUUUAUUCUUUUGUGCAAAACUUCUAGGCGUGUUUUAGCAACCUGUUCGCAUUUGGGGAGUAUCUCUUUCAACUAACAGCUUACUUGUCUGCACUGGGGACAGUGGACUUUUUCUUCAGGUAUUUAAAUUCUGUACCCUAGCUUCAGUUAAUGGUAAUUGAAGGAGAAACAUAACUGUAUUUAUUAUCUUACAAAUUCCUAGGCAACUUGAGAUAAAACCUAAAAGCCUCAAAAUUUUAAAGAAAUUGAUAAAAUUAUUCUGUCUCUCUAGUGUGGUUUACAGUUUGAAAAACUAUGAAUGAAAAAGGUUUAACUUAACUUGCACAGAGACUAGAAGUUAAUUAAAUGUGAUUAUAUAUUCUGUGUUUCUAUAGUAUUUUGUAUGAAUCAUAUAGUAUUAGUUCUAGAGCAAUGUUUGUCAACCCAUGCUUUUCAGAGAAUGUUGUAACGCUGCCACAGAAGGCAAAAUAGAGACGUACCAAUCCGAGAAGAGCACAGUGCUGUUGGCAGUAUGUUGUGUAAUUGUUUUGACAAUGGGUAUAUGAAGAUGAGAGGCCAUUGCUCUAGAGCACAAGAGACUAGAACCAGCAUUUUGUGUGCCAAACUGAGCCUUGCUGACUGUGUCAGCCAGUAUAUUUUUUAUUUAGAUAUACUUCAAGUGGAAGUCUAAUGAAACCAUUUUUUCUAGAAGAAAUUUUUAAACUAAUUGUCUUUAUACGAAAGGACUGAUGUGGCUAACGCUGUCACAGACCCGCUGGUCAGUUGUUCUAGCCACCCCAUCCAGUCCAUGCAACAGAAAUGCAGAAAAGGCUGUUAGCCGCUUUGCACUGCAUCCUACACUUUAAACAUAUAGCAUUAAUCAUUUCAUCCUCUGUGUUAGGACUUCCUAACUCUAAAAAAAAGUACCAGAAUGGUAUGAAGUGUCUAUAAUACGAGCUUCAGACUUUACUAUAUAAUUUUAUUUUACAGAAGUGUUGUUUGAAAUAUUUCAUGGCAAAAGCUGGGAAGGAGAGAUAUUUAUGCUUGCAGAAUGAAGUGCCAUUCUUAGAAGCAUAGGCCCCUGUGUGUAGCUAGAGAAUAUUCAAUGCUUAUAGCAGACUUGGAAUUUGCAUACUCCGAGUCAAUCUGUAAAGGCACUUUCCCCAUCCCAGUAAAGUUACGCAGAACUUAAUAUGCUGACUUCAGUUUCAGAAGUGUUGCAGUGUUAAUAUAUGGUUUCACCACUCUGUCUGUCUCCCUCCUCCCUGCCAAACCAGCACUGUAGCACUGAGGCGGAGGUCCUCUCUGCAAAGAAACUAUUCGCUGUUUUAUUUCUCUUGGUGUGGUGACACAAGUAUAAAACCAAAGUAUUUUUGAUCCUGAGUCUGUCAAAACAUGUUAAUUUUGCCAUGUUAAACCAAGAUACAGAGUCUUAACUCCUGCAAUAUGUCAUUGGAAUCAUCUUUCUUGCUGCUGUGUGUUGCCAAUGCUGAGGGUAAAAUUCUACAGUUAGGAAUGUGUUCUGAUAGUAUUCAUACCCAGCGAAACAAUUGUACUCUGAAAUCUUACGUUUGCAUGUUUCUUGUAUUUCCAGCAUUAAUUUCCAAGAAAAGCAGAGGAACGUAAACUAUUUGUAGCUGAUGGUACUUUUCAGUUUAUAAAACUAACUAAGGUAUAGAUCUUAGAGGCAAGAUCACUUUUGAAUUAAUGUGUUGUAGAACUAGCACAACACUGCAAUCUGGAG